AUGGAAGACGGAGAACACAGCCCCUUGCUAUCUCAGGGUACUGCUGGUCAAGUGCAGCCACUCACCAGGAACAGUCCACCUACUUCAAACAUCCCAGGUCCAGCACUCUGGGAGGAUCAGGUAGGGGCCUGGGGCUGCAGAUGCUGUCCUGGGGCAAAGCACCAGGCCUGGAGGGAAGGCCAGGCCUCCUCUCUCCCACUUUCCACAGGAAGUAGCUGUGUCAAGUAUCUGACUUUCCUCUCCAACUUCCUCUUCUCCCUGCUGGCCCUGUUGGCCCUGGCAGCAGGGCUCUGGGGCCUGACUGUCAAAAGGUCUCCAGAGGGUGGCUGGGGUGGAGCCCUGCCGACGGACCCCAUGUUGGGGCUGCUGCUGGGAGGCCUGCUGGUCAGUGUGGUAACCCUGUCUGGAUGUCUGGGUGCUCUCUGCGAGAACAGCUGCCUACUGCGCUUCUACUGUGGAGCUGUCCUUACCUGCCUGGCCCUGGAAGCCCUGGCAGGGGCUUUGGUGGUGGCCCUCUGGGGCCCACUGCAGGAUGGCCUCAAGUAUACCCUACAUGUGGCCAUCAUCCAAUACCGGGAUGAUCCAGACCUACGCUUCCUCCUCGACCGAGUCCAGCUGGGGCUGCAAUGCUGUGGGGCAGUUUCCUACCAGGAUUGGCAACAGAACCUGUACUUUAACUGCAGCUCUCCCGGGGUACAAGCCUGCAGCCUUCCUGCCUCCUGCUGCAUCAACCCCCAGGAAGAGGGAGCUUUGGUGAACACUCAGUGUGGCUUUGGGGUGUUGCACCUGGACCGGGAUGCAGCUGGACAAGUAGUAUACCUGCAGGGCUGCUGGCCUGUGCUGCAGCAGUGGCUGCGAGGGAACAUGCGGGCCAUAGGCAGCUGUGCCAUCACUGUUGUUGUGAUCCAAGGGACUGAACUCCUGUUGGCUGCCUGCCUGCUGAGGGCCCUGGCUGUCCAAAAGGCAGCAAAGGACACAGAACCCGGCCCUCUGUGAGGUGCCAGUACCACCCUCCCCACUGAGCAGAGCUGAAAAGACCCUGGUACAGGACAAGUUCCAGGCCUCUCCUCAUCUUCCACGGAAGGUGUUGGAGGUCCCCAUGGAACAGACUCCUGGACUCCACUCCUGGCCCACUGCCUCUUCGCUACAUCUGUCGGUCCCACCUAUGUACUGAGAAUCUUAAAGGGUCUUUUUAAUAAAAACAAACCUGGAGCCAGGUAUUGGGGUGAACACUGAAAGAUCAGAGAGACAGAACAAGCCACAUCCAACCUCAUCUUGCCAAUUCCUCAGCUGGUCUUGUUUCUUCAGACUGAAUGCCUCUGAGUUCUCAUCUGGAAUGAAUCUCAGCUGAACUGCUGCUAAAAAGCCUAAAAGCUUACCCAGGCUCUAGUUCCUGGUCCUCACGCCUUAUAUACCUUUCUGCUUCCUGCCAUCACUUCUGGGAUUAAAGGUGUGUGUCACCAUGCCUGGCUGUUUCCAGUGUGGCUUUGAACUCACAGAGAUCCAGACAGAUCUCUGCCUUUGGAAUGCUAGGAUUAAAGGUGUGUGUGCCACCAUUUUCUGGCCUCUAUAUCUAGUGGCUGUUCUGUUCUCUGACCCCAGAUAAGUUUAUUAGGGUGCA